GGACUCACUGGUCAGUACUGUGGUAGAAGUCCCGUUGCAAAAGACCUGCACCAAAGAAUGUCAUUAAAGCCUUCUGAAAAAAAUCCAUAAGCAUUAGUCCCAAGUGACGAUAUGGAAGUGCAAGACCAGGAGUCUCUGGGGAGGUGGGAUGGUUUGAGCAGUCGGGAUGCCAGCUCUAGGGAUGCAGCCAUGGACCUCAUUCAGCAGGAGGUCCUAAGGAAAGUGGAGGCAAUUGGGCCCAUACCUGCUCCAGUGCCCUCUCCACCUGCCUUGGUAAGCCCUCAACGCAGCGAUCUCAAUGACAUCUUGGCCCACCUUCUGAUGCUGUCCAAACAGUGCCCCUUUGAAGAUGUCAGAGAGCGCAGCGUUCACCUUCUUCAAACUGUCCAGGACUUGGGAGUAAGGAUCCCAAGACCCCUUGGCAACGGACCAAGCAGAUUUAUCCCAGAAAAAGAGAUUCUUCAAGUCAGUAAAGUGGACGGCCGAACACAGUCGAUAUUUGAGGAUGCUUUUGCAGCCCUCGGACGCCUUGACAAUAUCUCCCUGGUCAUGAGCUUCCACCCUCAGUAUCUGGAGAGCUUUCUGCGCACACAGCACUACCUGCUGCAGAUGGACGGGCCCCUGCCUUUGCACUAUAGACACUACAUCGGCAUCAUGGCGGCAGCUAGACAUCAGUGCUCCUACCUGGUCAAUCUGCACGUCAAUGACUUCCUACAGGUGGGGGGCGAUCCCAAAUGGCUCAACGGACUGGAUGAGGCCCCACAGAAGCUGCAGCAGCUCGGAGAACUCAACAAAAUCCUCGCCCACCGACCCUGGCUUCUCACCAAGGAGCACAUUGAGCACCUUCUCAAGGCAGAGGCACACAGCUGGUCCCUGGCAGAGCUCAUUCAUGCAGUGGUCUUACUCACACACUACCACUCCCUCGCCUCGUUCACAUUUGGCUGCGGCAUCACCCCCGAGAUCCACUGUGACGGCGGACACACCUUCAGACCACCUUCCCUAAGCCAGUACUGUGUCUGUGACAUCGCCAAUGGCAACGGGCAUGCAAUUUAUCACGACGAUCUGGGCAACCAGGAUCUGAACGGGGAAGUGGAGGUGCUGAUGGAGCGGAUGAAGCAGUUGCAGGAGUGCGAUGAGGAGGCCACUCAGGAGGAAAUGGCAACACGUUUUGAGCGCGAGAAGUCCGAGAGCAUGUUAGUGGUCACUGCAGAGGAUGAAGAGUGUGUCCCAUCCAGGGAUAUCUCACGGCACUUUGAAGACCCCAGCUAUGGCUACAAGGACUUCUCCAGGAGAGGGGAGCAGGUGCCCACAUUUAGAGUCCAGGACUACAGCUGGGAGGACCAUGGUUACUCUCUUGUGAACCGCCUCUAUCCGGAUGUGGGCCAGAUGCUGGAUGAGAAGUUUCAAAUCGCCUACAACCUGACGUACAACACCAUGGCCACACAUAAAGACGUGGACACCAGCAUGCUGCGCCGCGCCAUCUGGAACUACAUCCACUGCAUGUUUGGCAUCAGAUAUGAUGACUACGAUUAUGGGGAGAUAAACCAACUUCUAGACCGUAGCUUUAAGAUCUACAUAAAAACCAUGGUGUGUAGUCCAGAGAAAACCACCAAACGAAUGUAUGAAAGUUUUUGGAGGCAGUUCCAGCACUCCGAGAAGGUCCAUGUUAAUCUGCUUCUUAUGGAAGCGCGAAUGCAAGCUGAACUGUUAUACGCUCUGAGAGCGAUCACCCGCUACAUGACAUGAAGUGCUUUUGACGUUUUUAUCAAUGUCUUUUUUACUGUCACUGUUAUUUGUUUUGGGAAAUCAUAUUCUGGCUGAGACCAGCAAAAGGAGAUGUGAGAAGCCCUACGUUGUGACGAUGCUUGUUUGGUAUUGGAUCGUUGAAAAGAAGAACAAAGAAAAUUCAUCUCAAAGAGGACUCACAGACCUAGUUUGUGUGGUCUGCAGUGCCAAACCUGACCAGUAGAGAGCAGCCUGGAGCAGGCUCCUCCUCUGGGGAGAAUGUGCCAGGCGAUAGCACUGACACCAGACGCAUCCAGAAAGACAUUUCAGUAUUUCAACAUGCAACACAUUGGUUGCCAACACAUUCUGUCUCGGACAGAGAUAUGGCCCACAGAAAAUCAAUGUAAACUGUGCAGCCACAACCAGCCUGCACUUUGAUUUUGUGUCACUAUUUGUUGUUUAGUUUCUUUAAUUUCAUUUUGUAUUGAGUGAUGAGGAUGUUGCGGAUAUGGUUGCUGUUAACAGUAACUUAGACAGGAGCAUUACUGUGGAUGGUGGUAAUCGUGUGCCUGAACUCUCCAGCAUUGUGUGCAUAUGUGCUGGUGCUGCUGCUCCUAUCUUUUAUUCACCAGGGUCAUAUUGACCCCAGAAAGCCUGGUCCCAAACCCCCUUCUGCCCCCUAAACCUCUAUCCAUUUGGAGAUAAUGCAUUACCCCAUUCCUUCUCAAUCCUAAUCUAAAUCUCAAAUGUCGAUGUAAGCUAAUCUGAGAAGUAACUCAAAGAACACUGUUGAGCCCAGAGUUUGUGUGAAUGUGACUAACGUGUGUGGAUGGAUGUGUGCAUUUCACUUGUGUGAGAAAAGUACGUCUUCAAGUUUCAUGUGUCAAAAAAGCGAGGCACUUCGAAGGAGAACUUCUUGCUUCUGCUGUAGCUCUGUAAUUGUGAUAUAUAUAAUUUGUUAAUGAUGUUUGUAUUUCUGGUAUUGAGAAAAGCCUAAUCAUAUGAAAGAUCACCAGGUUUUGUCAGAGGGAUUUGCUCCCAGUAUCUGAGGUGUGGGAGUCACACCUAUCUGUCUUCCGCUUAUCCCCACAGCCUGGUCCCCUGAUACUUUCAAAGCUUCAGAUUGUGAAUUUACCAGUAAAUGAAUACCUCUCAUGUUUUCUUUCAAAACAUAUAAGAAGUGCUCUUGGUGAGCAGAGACUUUUGGGUGGUGGGUUCCCGUGAUCGGGGGCACCCUGCUCCACACAGGGCCACAGGUUGUAGCUGUGCUUAUUUCUCUUCGAGGGAAGUCUAACCCAUGCAAAAGCAGCUUUUUUAUUUGAUUCAGAGGCAUGUUCCUCUGCUGUAUGUUUUGUUUACUAAACCAGUACUGCAUUCUUCUGAGGUGGACUGAGACAGACGAAUGAGUGAAGCAGAUGGUCUAAGGGAUGGUACAUUGGACAUGCUUUGACAGAAAGUGGAUAGUUUUUUUGGUGUCAGUUACUGACAUUUUUUUUAAUAUAAAAACUUUAAAAAAAAACAACUUAAAAAUAAAUCAUGAUAUUGAAUUGUUGUGUAUCCUUUGUAGUUUUCUCUAUUGCUUCAGUCAGAGAUUGUAUUAGUUCAAAGGUAGAUACAGUUGAGGAUACAGCAGCCCUAAUGGCUCUGUUGAGCUGCACACAUUGGGACCUGUGUCAUGAGCAUUAUAUCCACACGCUCUUAUGCAAACGGUGACUCACAAACAUCACCUCAUCUCCAAAGUAUACUGAGCUCUGAGACAAUAAAGACUCAAUCCGCUGUGCGCUGGACUCAGGGCAACACUUCAGUUUGGUGCAGAACUUUUAUGUGAAUUUACUGAAUAAGCUCAAAGCCAUGACGCAGCAGCUCGUGGUUCAACUACAGGGGGUAGCUGUUUCACUUUGGGGAAGUUGGAGACUGUCUGAUUUUCAGGGUAUUUUUCAUCACAAUGAAUACACAAUCACCAGCAGCAAUCUCAGUGCUAUCACCACUGACCAAACUGCCUUUACAUUACAGUGGCUUUUCCAGAUAAAACCGAAACAUUUAUUAAGCAACAGUAUCAGUCAGUCAACCCUCUUUCAUAUCAACCCGGUGAAAAAUAGAGAACAAUGUUGUUUUAGGCCUGGCUUAAAGUUGUUUAGACAUUUUCUAAAAACCUUGAUGUCUUGUGGUUGUUAUAAGAUGUGAAAACAGAGGGAGGUUUUUACAUUAAGUGCUGUUUCUGAUUUGUUUCAAUGUAAUAACAAUGUGAUUUUUGAAAUGCUGUACUUUAGGCUACUUGGUGUACCUUGUAAACGCACUGCCUGGCCCCAUAUCUGUGUAACAAUAAAGGCUUGGAGAAGCA